AUGCCCUCGGGGCCUUCGCCUUAUCUGCAUCCCUCAUCCCCUUCGCCGUUUGCGACCCGUACAGUCGAACAAAGCUAUCGACCCGCGUUCGCAGGUCCUCCUUCUCCCUUUCACAAGCCACCACAAGUAAAUCACCCUAUUCACCCAGCAAGUCUUCCGCCUCUUACCCCAUCUGGACCUUCGGGCACACCUUCGGCGUCGCAGGUCAUAGACCUCACAGGAUCACCGUCUCCUCCUCCAUCUCAAUCACGCAAUCUUCCGCACACAGCGUAUGCAGGACUUCCGGCAGAUCUUGCACCCAAGACACCCGUCUGUAUCGGCCAACUUCAGGUCACAGCUCUCGUUCUUUACCCUGUGCCCUAUAUCAAGCCACAGGAUCACUCUUCGGUUGAGGAUUGGGCCAGCGUCAGACUCCAGUAUGAGCACAAUCCGCAAAAGACAGGCUCUUCAGAGACUAUUCAUAUCAGGCCACCACCUAUCAAGGCUUCGACCGGUGAGGUCCUCCAGGGCGAAGAUUUCGCAGUGGUCGAACAGAAGGUCGCUACCAGUCUCGGUCCAAUGCUCGGCAAAGGGCUCAUCCGUUUAGACGCCAAGGUCAGACGCAUAAGGAACGAUACACAUUUCUCAACGUUGCAAGCGCUCGUGUACACGCCCAAGGGCAAUAUCACUGUUGUUGGCAACUAUCUCCGCCAGUGUGGACUACUCUUGGAUCACCCUUCAUAUCCAUUUGAUCUCCAACGUCUCUCGAACAUCCCAAGUCAUCACUAUUUUAACCCACAUAGCCCACCUCCCGGGGGCCAUCGCGCGGCUCAGGCCCUCGGUCGACCUAAUCCUGCCCCAGGAAUCCCAGGAGGAUCGCGAUGGGGGGCGCCCGCUGUAUCAGGAAAGACGUUAGAGAUCCAGAGAAGCCAAGUGGAGGAGCUAUUUAAAAGUAUGAAGAGCGGAGAUGAGUUGCCUGAAACAGUCCCUCCUUCGCACGUGUGCACGCCGCUUUACCCUCACCAGAAAAAAGCGCUCAGCUUUCUUCUUGAACGAGAACGAGAAACGCGGUGUCCAGAUGGAACGAACAGUUCGUUAUGGCAGUUUCGGAUGCACCCUCUUUCAGGGCAUGCCUCAUGGUUCCAUAUCGUGACGCAGAAGGAAGUGUUUGAAGAGCCGCUGGAGUCCAAAGGCGCGAUCCUCGCAGACGACAUGGGUCUUGGAAAGACGAUCACAUGUGUGUCGCUGAUUGCUGCGACUCUGGGCUCAGCAUGGGCGUUCGGUGCGGAGCCUGUUGAAUAUCCAACGCCGCUACUCGAGACGGGUGUCCUGGAGGCUUCACUGAAUGCCGCGCACUUUUCCGGCAGUGUCUGGGGCAUGCCCGACGUGUCCGAGCCCACCUCGAACAAAGGCAAAGCAAAGGCACUUAAAGCUCAGGAGAAGGCAGAGGCAGAGUAUGCCAGAGCCAGGCGCAUCAAGACAAGGAGCCGCGCUACGCUCAUCAUAUGCCCUUUGUCUACUGUGGCAAACUGGGAAGAUCAGUUCAAAGAACACUGGAAGGGUGACGUCGUGGUUGUGGGCGGUGGCGGUCUCAGCUGCGCAGCCGUGGCUGGCCCAGCAUCGAACACACUCUCGACACCUCCCUCUUCUCAGACGGACGUCAAGGUCGAAGCAGGACCAUCAAAUCCGCUUUUGGAGACCGAUUCCAAGCAGUCGGCUCUGCGCAUCUAUGUCUAUCACGGAAACGCUCGCUGCCCCGACGUCUCCUUCCUGGCUAAUUUCGACGCGGUCAUCACCACUUAUGCAACCCUUGCCUCUGAGUUUUCCAAGCAGAGCCGGUGCAUCGCCAAUGCGGAAGCCGAGGAAGACGAAGAUGGGAGCAGCGAUGGGCCUGAUGCCGACGAGCACGGAUCUCAGACGAUUCGCAUUGGCAAACCUAAACGAGCAGGCAUGAAGAGGAAGAAGUCUGUCCAAAACUUUGGCGCUGUCUGCGAGGCAACUAGCCCACUUCAGAUGAUCAAUUGGUUCAGAGUCGUGUUGGAUGAAGCCCAUUGUAUCAAAGAGACGGGCACCGUGGGUUGCAGAGCGUGCUGCGAUCUGAUGGCCGACCGACGGUUGUGUCUUACAGGCACGCCAGUGCAGAACAAGCUGGACGACAUCUUUGCCCUCAUCAAGUUCCUCCGUCUGCAGCCAUUCGACGAUAAGAACGUUUGGACGGAGUAUAUUGCGACGCCGGUCAAGUACGGUCAGUCCCUGGGUGUCGCACGAUUGCAAACCAUCAUGGCUCGCAUCACUCUCCGGCGCACAAAGGAGACGCGCGAUCAAGACGGCAAAAAGAUCCUUAACAUACCACCGCGCCGGGAUGAGCUGCGCUAUCUCAAGUUUGAUGAACAGGAGCAGAAGAUCUAUGAUCAGUUCUUCAACGAGUCCAAGGCUGAGUUCAAUGAGCUGUCGAACAAGAACGAGGUCAUGAAGAACUAUGUCGGCAUUCUGCAGAAGAUCUUGCGGCUACGGCAGAUUUGCGAUCACUUUGAACUUGUAGAGGGCAAGGAUGGCAGCGAUGACCCACUACACGCACUGGGUAGCUACGAGGAGAUUGCGGAAGCCAUCGCAAAGGAGGGCAUAAACCUUGUUCGCGCCACCGCUAUCUUUGCACUCCUCCGAGAGGCAUCCACCACGCAGUGUGUCGAGUGCGGCGAGGAGCUCUGCUGCGCCCCGGACACGCACGGGCUCAACGGCGACAUGCUGGACUGCGAGCGACCGCCGGCAGCCAAGCGCGGGCGCAAAGCCAAAGGCACCGCUUCUUCAGGCCCCAGCUCCCGUGGGCCCACCCGCGCCAACAGCCCGUCCGCGCCGCAGCCUGUGCUGACGCGCUGCCAGCACCUGUUCUGCGCCCCCUGCUUCCGCGCGUGCAUCUGUCCCGGGUGGCCCGACGUCCCCCCGGAGACGCGGCGGCAGUGUUCGGUGUGCCAGACGGCGCUCGGCCCGCUGGACGCGGUGCAGUUCAAGCGCGACGCGUCGCCGCUCGACUUUUUGCCCAAGAAGAAAACGGUGGGCAAGCGCGAGAAGCGGAUAAAGGGUAUUAUGCCCGAGGAUUUCCACCCCUCGACCAAGGUCAAGGCGCUGCUGGAGGACCUCAUUCAGUUCUCGAGGGCGAACCCGCAUUCGGCGAACUAUGAUCCAGAGGGGAUCGAGGUGCAGAUGGUAGACGUGCAGGGGAACAAGUUAGACGAUGGGGUUGUAAAGACCGUGGUUUUCUCCCAGUGGACAACUAUGUUGGAUAAAGUAGAAGAUGCCCUAGAGACUGCCAGAAUUCGCUAUGACCGCCUGGACGGCACGAUGAAGCGCGAAGAGCGCUCGCGAGCCAUGGAUGCGCUCAAGAAGGAUCCUGCCUGCGAGGUGCUGCUCGUCAGUCUACGCGCUGGUGGUGUCGGCCUUAACCUCACAGCAGCACAACGCGUCUAUCUCAUGGAUCCGUACUGGAACCCCGCGGUAGAGAACCAAGCGGUCGACCGCAUUCACCGGCUGGGCCAGACUAGACCUGUCACCACCGUGAAGCUGAUCAUUGAGAAUUCCAUCGAGGACCGCCUCCUCGAGGUGCAGCGGAAGAAGACCGAGCUGGCCAACAUGACCCUCGGUCAGAACUUCAGCAAGGCGGACAUGCUGCAGCGUCGUAUGGAGGAGCUCAACCAACUCUUCGGAUCAUGA